AGUCAGUGUCUGACAGGAUGUUUGCUUUCCUGCUGAGCGGAGCUGGGGUGGAGUAGUGAGGCCAGGCUUCUGUGCCCAAAGCAGGCUGAGAGGAUAGCAGCACAGCAGCCAGGAAGAGGGUCCACCCAGUCUCUGACACCUACUGCUGCUGAGUUAUUGCACACGUCUGCACCCAGCAGCACAGUCCAUUCUCUCCCCGUGGAGCUCUCUGCUGCACAGCCAAGAUGCCCUCUGCAAAGGCAUGCCACUGAUCUCCACCCUAUAACGGAGGGCAACACCACGGAGGCAGCCUAGCCCCACUUCUACACAGGCAGAAGGAGAACCAUGUCUGAAGGACGCCUUCUCUAUGUGGAUCCCCAUAGCCUGACGGGGAUUGCGACUGGAUCUCAGGGGAGCUGCACAAUGAAAAGGGGGGCUGGCAGACAAAUGUCACUUGUGAGAGUUCAACAGACAUGGAGCUGAUUCUGCAUUACUCCCUUAUUCCAUCGUUUGCCAUCAUUUUGGUGCUGUCCUUCCUUGAAAGAAGAGUGAGCAGGAGUCAGAUAGAUGGAAAAUUGCACCUCCUCAAUGGCCGCUUUGGAAUUGUGAUACCCUUGGAUUUUGUUGGGACAUUCAGCAACCGAUGGUCAUUUGGUUUUGCGUUUGGAGCUACAGCCAAUAAAGUUAUGUUCCUGUUUUCGGAAGGUUACCUGCCACUACAAGUGCCCCAGUGGGCCCAAGCCAUUGUGCUUCUCAUAGGCAGCGCUGAAGUGGGCCUCUCAUAUUUCCCUUUCUUCGCCUGCCUCUCGACGGAAUUCCGGAUCACAGGGUCUGUACUGGGAUUCUUCUACACUUUCAUUUGGUUCAUAAUCACAAUCACAAACAUUGUGCAGUGCCCACAUGGACAAGUGAUGGGAGACUAUGAGAAGAUCAUAUUUUAUGGGCCUUCCCUGUUCUGUCUGGUUUUCCUACUGGGCCGCUUUGCCCUGAUGUUUGUGAAAGCACUGAGGGUUCGAUUAAAGAUGGAUGUGUCAAGUCAGGAAAAUCAUUUUCUGGAGGUGCAUCAGGCUCAGCAUGUCAAGCGUCUGGUCAGGAAGCCCCCAGAGCGGCAGGCUCGGAAAUCUUGGUUCCAGCGCAAGGUGUACGAAUGGGACCCAUGCUUUCAGUUCCCAGGCAGAAUGAUUGGCACAUCUGCGCUAGCCUUAAUCUGCCUGUACAUUUUUAUUGUUAUUGAGUUUUACAUUUACAAGCAAUUCUCUCAAGAGCUGAAGAUAUUGGAUCAAAGAUUUGAAGAGCUUGUUCAUUCUAGCAAUGGCUCAGAAGUACUUGUACCAGCUGUCCUGCAGCUGAAAGAGUUUAUUAAUGUCACUGAAGGUGUUUGGAUUUUCACCACCUUUGCUGCCUCCCUGACUUGUGUAAGCUACGUAUUUCACAUCUUGGCCUGCUACAGAAAACACAUGAAGCGGCUGUGGGCAGGGGAGAAACAUUUCCUUCCACUAAGAUCUCGUGAGCCUGCUUCUUCUCAAAGCGUGGCAGCAAUAGCAAGAUACUCUGGUUGGCAAAUUGCAUACAUAUUAUGGGGCUACCUGAUCAUUCAUGUGGUGCAGUGUCUGUUUGGUGUAAUGAUCAUGUACAGUUUUGUUUUGCCAAUACAGCAUGGCCAAGGGCUGGAAGUGGCCAAAGGUUUGGGAAUUGGGAUUCUUACAGUUGGGAUUGUCACAGGGCUCAUGAUAUUACAAAUCAAAAUCGCUGCGAGAUUUUUCCUUCAGCCAAAGAUCUUGCCAGAUGAUAAGCAGAAGCCAUUAGCUCUCAAUAACAGGAAAGCUUUCCACAACUUCAAUUACUUUUUAUUCUUCUACAAUGUGCUCCUGGGCCUGGGGGCUUGUUUGUUCAGACUGCUUUGCAGUGUCCUGUUGGGAACUUGGCUGAUUGCACGGAUAGACAGGACUAUAAUGCAGAAAGGGUAUGAAGCUGCUGACAUGGGAUUCAACACAUGGGUUGGUAUGAUAUUUAUGGACCACUACCACAAUAACCCCACCCUCCUCUGCUUUUGUCACAUUCUUCUGGCCGGAACCACUGAGAAAAAACUGCAGAAAUCCAUCAAAUAUUAUAUCUUCAAUAAUAUAUCAAAACCCAGAGUGUCAACCAGAGCCAGGACACGGUGGUUGCUGCUCUACACCCUUCUCAACAACCCCAGGCUCAUUGAACUCAGGAAGCUUAACGUGCAGUCUGGUGCCAGUGAUGCGCCACCGAACCCCUGUGUCUAGCUUACUCUGCAGGUGGAAACUGGAAGAUUCUCAAACAGCUGGUGACUUGCCUCUUAGGACUUUCAGAAGAUGGAGUUCUAUUUCAGAGCUAUACUCUAUGAGCAGUUAGGGCUCUCAGCCCUGGUAUGACAGGAGAGCUGUGGGAAUGGAUGUCCAGGAGCACUUGUUGUCAUUAGUUGUUGUGCGUUACAUUUGUUUCCAAUAGACAGCUGUGAAUUGUAUUAAAUCACUAUAAACCCCAGCAACAUUUUCAUU